ACUUUUGCAAUGGUAAUAUCUUGCAAACCUGGAAUUAUCUAAAGGGCAUAACUAAUUCAAGCAAUAUUUAUAGAGUUAUACCUUAUGUCACCCUGGAAAUUUUAUCAAGCCAAAGAUCCGAGUAUUAUAGUCAAUGGUGUAUAUUAAGUGGACAAAGAACUUUUGAUGGUUGCAUUAGAAUGAGGCCUGAAUUUGCUUCUGAAAUUCCCGAAGCUUAUGAUUUAUUAGACUUUCGAGAAUUAAG